AUUUGGGUAUAUUGUUUUUUUCCAGUUUAUUGUGUAUGCAGUUGUAUUUAUACAGAAUUUGAGUGAGUGAUUGCUUGUGUGUUGACAUUUGCGCAUUGCGAUAAGUUAAUCUUUGCUUGCGAUUUGGUAUCAGUUAAUCAUUUUCAAAUCAAUAUGGCAACUGGUGUUGAUGAAAACAAGGGUAAGAAGGACUUACAACAAGAUAUUGAUGAAACCAAGGGUAAGAAGGACUUGCAAGAAAUUAUAGAGCAAAUCAAUGCAGAAGAGCAUUACAGGGUUAUAACAAAAGAGGAGUAUGACCUGUUGAAAGCGCAGAAAAUUCCAACUACCCCUAAAGUUGAACAUGGUUUGAAUAAGGGUACCAUUCCUAAACUACCAUCCUUAGGUGAAGUACCGAUCCCUAGUCACAUACCCUCACCAGGUUAUUUACACCCGCCAGGUCUUAUGUCAUCACCUCAAUUGUUUAAUAGCUCUGCUCUGUUUCAUCAAAAUAACAACCCUACCCCUAUAAAGCUUCCAACUUUUAGCGGUAGUGAGCAAGCUCAGAAAGGUGAAGUGAGCUAUGACGUUUGGUCGUAUGAGGUUAGGUGCUUAAAGGGCCAGUGGCCUGACCAUGUUCUUUUGCAGCCAGUGAGAAGUUCUCUGAAGGGGACGGCGAGGGAAAUUCUGAUUCCACUUGGAGAAUAUGCAACAGUUGAGAACAUCCUCGCAAAGUUAGAUGAUUUUUAUGGGAAUGUCUGCACACCCGAAAACAUCAUGCAGAAAUUUUAUUCAGAUCAUCAACAAGAAGACAAAUACCUCCAACAAUACUUACCACAGAGGAAAUUUCCAGGGCAGGAAGAAAUUCGCCAACAGGGGCAGAGGAAUGUAUUUCCAAUCUCAGCAACCGCCAAACCAGCAGCACCAGAUUCAGCAACAGACUCAGCAACCAUGGCAACAGAGGCAGUUUACUCAACAGUCUGGUAACAUGAAUGGGUUUGGUGCAGGUAGUACUUUAAACUAGUUUCAUCUCCUGUUGCGGG